AUGCUGCUGAUCACGGAUGAGUCGACCGAACCAAUCCACGAAGGUGUGGAUGAAUUUGUCUAUGACCCAAUCCGGACGUCGCUCUUCGCAAUCAUUGAUGACGAGCAAACAGCAUACAAUGACCUCGAGAAGCAAGAUCGCCAUUCUCUGUUCAAAGCAGCAACCCUUGACAUCUGGGAAUCCAACUCUCAAGGUGUCCGCAUUCUCGACCGGACUUAUCCUGUGUCUCGAAGACUACCGGAGGACUUGUUCGAUGCUUAUCACCCCGAAGUUCCCCAAGGAGGUCGCCUGGCCUUACGACUGCUCUGCACAAGACCAGCCCUGAAGUUUAGCCAAGUCCCUCGCCGUCACAAGCUCCUCCAUGCAGAAGACCGACAGAUCGCCCAUCUACCUUUCAUCCCGAGCGAGAUGCAAGACCUCAUACACCAAUGGGACCUCAACCGAGAAUAUACCUGGUUGCGACUGAUGUGUCGAGAGGUUGGCAAUUUCCAGCGCAAAACAGUGUGGGACGAUAGUAUCAGUCCCUCACGAGCUGUCAGAAUUGGAAUUGUAGUCAACUUUCCCUUUGUCCUCCGUCCAGCACGACAAGUCCAACUCCAGGUUGAAGCAAAACCCAAACAACCAAGAAGCCCAAUACUCGUGGACCGCUAUCGUCUCCAACUUCGCGAACGAGAGGAGCCUCGCCGCGAGGACCCCUUUCUCUGGUCCUUCGCCAUGUCACACUCGCUCGACAACGGUCAGACUCGAGCUCUCCUCGACGGCACGACCGAUGCCGCCGUGGGCGACUUAAAACGCCGUCUCCUGAAAGCCGGUUCUCGAUGGUACCUGCACCCAUUACACGUCCCUACAGUUUUGUUGCACAUCUACUUCGACCACGCAGCCUGGGAGGUCAACCGUCUCUGCAAGGCCGUGGCGCACUUUGAGUAUUUGUCGCGCGACGCCGGGAUCGGGUCUCUGGAGCAAUUCGACACCAUCACCACGCAACUCCAAUACAUCCGACGCUCCUUGGACUUUCAACAGUCGCUCGCCAAGUUUCUGUUGGAGACAAUGACCUUUCUCGACGACAAGAUGCUGACGACAGGGGCGGCAGGAACGACGACGGCGUCGUACAGGACGUACGUCCACCGCGCCAACCCGCACAUGGAGGAAAAGCUCGCCAACAUCCUCCACCUGAUCGAGAACGACAUCUCGACGAGCCAGUACUUGCAAUCUCGGACCCGGGACGCCUUGGACUUCAUCAAGGGCAAGAUCGCCCUCCGCGACAACGAAGCCAACAAGGAAGACGCCGACAGCAACAAGACGAUGCAGUUCUUGCAGAUGACCUUUCUGCCCGCCACCUUCGUCGCGGCCAUCGUGUCGACCAACUUUUUCGACCUGACCGCCUCCCCUCCGACGGUGUCGUCGUACUUUUGGAUCUUUUGGCUCGUGAGCGUCAGCCUGACCGCACUGACGCUGGGGGCGUAUUUCCUGUGGAAGUGGCGGGCGAAGCAGGAGGCCAAGAGGCAAGAGCAGGAGGCCGAGGCGCGGAAGAAUGAGGUCGAACGGAGGGACGAAGGUGGCACGCUCGGGAGGGAAGGAGAAGGGUUCGACACGGACAUGACAGACUCUGAUGGUGGUGGUGACUGGUUGGGUCACCGGAGAAGACGGAGAAGGAGGCGGAGAACAACAAGAAAGUCAUCUUCUGUAGCGGCCAUGGAUCCAGAGAAUGGUCAGAAUGGUGGGAAGAAAAAGGAGAAGCCGGAAAUGGUACAGUGA